AUGCAAUCGAAGAACAUGAAGCACAUGGAAGGGAAAUCGCAAUUGACGCAUCUACGGUGUUGCAAGAUACCAAAGAGCAUUGGCAGUUGCAUUCUCGGUGCAAUGGGCCUCUGUGAACCUGUUUCAAUCCUGCGUCGAGGCAGAAGGAAGACGAGACUGCUGGCAUCUAUGGGACUGCAGUUGAGAGACAUUCAGGUGUUGUUUCUGGUACUGAUGGUUGUGAUUAAACCAUUUCUUUCCUGUGCUGCUGCUGCGGCUGGUGGAAUGGUCCCCCGAACGAGAAUGGCCACGCCUGCAGACGACGACGAUCCCUCGGUGACACUCACGAACUGCUUCCCAGCGUAA